AUGGCCGCUCGCCACGACUAUCUCCCCUCCAAGCACGACACCAGCUUGCUUCCUCGCUGGAUAAUACAGACCUCCAACAACAUCAUCAAAGCACGCAAGGCUGAAAUUGCCAAACUCCAGUCGCACGAAAUCAACAAGACGGGUCAAAUUAGGGUCGAUGGGAUCGUCCCGUUGUGCCGACUCAUUGCCAAGCAUAGGUUCGCGAUCCAGACUCAAGACAAAAAUGUUGAGAAAUGCAAUUAUACCCAAAAGUUCUUCAUCGACACACUCGUAGUGGUCUUGGAGGCCCUCGGGAGUACGCCUUCGAAGCCGGGGGCAAGCCAGAAUGCGGAUCAUGGUACUUCAUCAGUUAGCAAAGAGGAGGUCGAGCAGCUCAUCUCCGCCAAUAGAUUUGUCCCUCUCCAGAAUGGCGAGAUAGAUGGGUCUAGCGACAAGGAGGUCCCACAACAGUCAUCGACGACCCAACCACGCAAACAAGCCCGUCCUGGUAGAGCAAAGAAGGGCAAGAAAGGCAAGAAGCACAACCACAAACGCCCAGAGCCUUCCGUCUCAGAAGAAGAUCCCGUCAAUCUUUCACUGGAGGAUUACAAGCUCAUUGAAGAAAAAGAUUCGGAAUGGGGGUACAUGUGGGCUGCAUCCGAUUUGGCCCAAAACUGGAUACAGCUUCGCCGCUCUCUUCAAGAGGUUUGGCGAGAUGUCGCAUACAACCACCUCAACAUUGCUAUUGGUGGCACGCUCUCCAACUCCGCCAUUGCCAUGAUCCAACGACGUUCAAGAGCGAUUUUGUUAAUUUUCCCGACCAUGAUUCAUAUGGCAGCAUCAUGA